AUGUCGGCUUAUCGGCCCCAUUACAAACCGUCAGGAUCUCACGCGGCGGCUUUCGAUCUUCGCCGCGUCAUCUUCGCUGCGACGCGUGAUGUGGUACAGAAGAAUCGCAUCUUGUUCGCACUUCCCGUCAAUGAGGAUGCUGUUGAUACCUACUUCGCCUCUCUUCCUAGUAUCGAUCUGACACGGAGCAUCAUCUUUCUGAAGCGAACCAAGCCGCUUGCGGCCGCUUCCGCGGAUGGAAGUGAUGAGGAGCUGGACACUAUCCUGGAAAAACAGCACAACACCAGCUUCAAGGCAGACUAUGGCAGCUUACCCUUUUGGAGACUGAUCAUUCUGGAAGCCCCAGGGCCGUCGAAGGAGUUCACAGCCUCUUUCAUCUACCACCAUGCUAUUGGCGACGGCGUCUCCGGAAUGGUGUUCCACAAUGCUUUCCGUGCGGCUCUCGAGACCGCUUCUUUGUCCGCUACUGACGAGGCCGGAACAGAAGGCGAAGGAACCGUCGUGCCAGUUGAAGACAUCUCAAUCUUACCGCCACUGGAAGAGCUACAUCCUUUGCCCAUCAAUCCUACUCCCUCCGCGCCUCCCGCACCAGGGCUCAAGCAGUGGACAGGCGGCCCCAUUCAUGCCCCCUGCGAGUCACGCUGGUCAUCUCUCCACUUCUCACCGAGCACAUCGCAGGCUUUUUUCCGCGUUUGCAAGGACAAGAGCGUUUCGGUGACAUCGGGUCUGACUUCCAUCAUCGCCACGGCUCUUUUCGGGAUCCUGCCCCCCACGACCGAGGCCAUCACUUGCAUUAUACCGGUCAGCCUGCGUCCAUGGCUCAGCCUUCCCCGAGGGGAAGCAAAUGGCGCCAUUGGGACCUAUUUCGACGCCACGAAGGUACAGAUUGCGCGGCCCGGCGGCCGCCCCGACUCGGCAGUCGAGUGGGAUGCGGCACAAGCCGUGUCAGCAGGCAUAGCCGACUAUCUCGCCAACGUCUCCCCGACCGGUGAGCCCUACACCGCCGUUGCGCCUUUCAAGGGUAUUGAGGACGUGUCUGUCAUUUUCAAUUCCCUUCUUGGGCAGCCCAGGGAUGCGGCGCUCGAAGUGACCAAUGUCGGACUGCUUGUUCCUGUCAGCGGAUCUGUUCCCGAAAACGCCGAAAGCACAUGGGAGAUUGGUCGAGUUCUGCUCAGCCGGAGCGCCGUCGCCUCGGGUGCUGCCAUCACAGUCAGCAUCGCCACCGGCGGAGAUGGCUCACUGUCAGUGGGGUUCAGCUGGCAGGAGGGUGUUGUAGGACAAGAUGUCAUUAACAAGUUGCGCGAGGGGGUUCGCGGCUUUUUCGGAAAGGCUUGA